AACAUCAAUACGUUAUCGAAAAAUAACAUAUGCACAUAUCUCCGACUCUUGGGAAAUUGUUUUGGAAACUUCUGAAUUAUCGAUAUAGCAAAAUAAUAAAUAUUUGCCGCUUUUGGUUCUGUAGUGGCAUUUGGCUCAGCAAAGAUAUAAUAACAAUCUAGAGGCAAUAUGGUAAUUACUAAUGAUAUCACGUUGCCCACUGAUGAAGAGUUAACAGUGCAAGAGUUGAAUUUGUCCACUUCGGCCCUUCGAGCUGGUGCAUUUCAUUUGGGGAAACAUUGUGAAAAUCAGAAUAAUGAAUUUAUGCUAUGUCGACAUGAGUUAGAUGACCCCCGGGCAUGCAUUAAUGAAGGCAAAGCAGUAACUAGCUGCGCUUUGGACUUUUUCCGGAAAGUAAAAAAAACUUGCCAUGAAGAGUUCCUUCAAUAUGCAACUUGUCUAGACAAAAGCAGCGGCAAUAUGGCUUUUGGACAUUGCCGAAAAACACAAGGUGCUUUUGAUAAAUGCGUAUCCGAUAAUUUGGGUAUUGAUCGUCCUGAAUAUGGCUACUUUACUCGAGCAAAGAUUCACCCCACUGAACGUGAAGCUCCUCCUAAAGCUAUAAAGAAGGAAUAUCCUGACGCUACACCUGGUCUGCCAGAUGAUUACCCAAAGCCUCCAGCCAAAUAUGGAUCCCGUUUCCAUUGGCUGGAAUAAUCUACAAUCACUGUUAUAUAUCACUGCGUCAGUCUUUAGUAAAAAUGUGGUGUGUAGAUAGUGAAUUCUCAUAUAUGGAAAAAUAUAUGAUUCAAUAAUUAAUUAAGUA